AUGGAGAAAACUGCACCCUACCCACCUCCCCCGCAAAACAAUGGCAGUGCUCCCUUUUCAGUACUAGCCGGGCUAUUUGAGAAAUUAUCGACAGAAAGAAAGCCCGAACGAAGACGGCGACUCUUAGAUGUCUGGUUCAACCAUUGGAGAGAAGAAAUUGGACAUGAUCUUUAUCCCGUUCUCCGCCUGAUCCUUCCACAGGCACGAGAAGACCUUGCCAAGACCUACAUCAAACUGAUCCCACUCGGCAUAAGAGAUCCGGAUGCGAUCCGCUUGCUCAACUGGAAGAAGCCCACCGAAAAAGAUAAGAGCUCUGGCGACUUCCCCACAGUUUUGUACGAGGUUGUGAGCAAGCGGUCCUCCGGUCGUCGAGGGAAGCCUAACAUGGGCAAGCGUACGGACGACGAUAUUUUACAUACUCUCUGGCUAAUGACCGCUCACGGGACAUUCAGUCCAGAAUUCUUCAGCGUAUUUACAAUCGUGCUACUGCUGAGGAACAGCGAUGGAUUGUACACAUAUUUUGAAAGGCAUGUUGUUCCCUUCCAUCAUGGCUCCAAUCAUGUAUCAACUUUCCAAGACAUGGUUAUUUCUGUGAAGGAAACGACUGUCUUUGGCGUGUUCCAUCCAGAUGCACAAGAUCUAUUCAACAUCUGUUCCGACCUCAAGAAGGUUGCUUGGGAGCUAUGGGAUCCUUCAAGGAGGUUGAAUGCUGAGGACAAAUCCAUUCAAUUGUUCCGUGCAUUCGCACCGAUGCUGUGUAAAAGACCAACCCAUAAGAUCGAGGAUUCGGUGAAAGAAAUGCAAGGACAUAAAUUCAUCAUCGAAGAGAAACUUGAUGGCGAGCGCAUGCAGCUGCACAAGCGCGGAAAUGAAUACUUUUACUGUUCGAGGUAG